AUGUCGACAGUCACCACACCCAAUAGACGGCUGAAGCUGCUCACUGGGCAGGUUGCUCAACCUCCAAUCAUCGAUGAGGGGACAUAUAAAGGAAUGCCCCGGGUUGCUCGAAGGGCUGGAGAUUCCCGCCUGAGAUACACAAUAUCUCUCCAAAUUAUCCUAUUACUGGGAAUGGGCCGAGCAAUUUCCCACCAGUACGCCAGAAAUGGUGCUCGAGCGGUCUACAUCUGUGACUACGCGGAUGACUACCUGCAGCUCCAUGUGGAGGAGUUAAAUGAACUCUAUCCAGAGGUGGAUAUUCAUGCCCGAAAGUUUGACGCAGGAGACGAAGACGGGGACGUAUUCUUUGCAAAUGCAGCAAAUUCGGGGACGUGGAAGGAAGUUUGGAACACAGAAGUCAAGGAGUUUGAGCAGACGAUCAGGACGAACCUGACCAGUGUCUUCAUAGCCAUCAAACAUGCUGGUCCGGCAAUGCAGGUCACCAGCAAAGACAAACCCUACUCCAGUGGCUCUAUCAUCGCGACUUCGUCUACCGCAGGUCUUCGUUCGAAUGGAGGCAGCACUGAUUACAGCGCUGCGAAAGCUGCAGUAGUGAGCCUCGUGCAAACUGCUUGUUAUCAGUAUGCUGGCCGCAACAUCAGAUGCAAUGCCAUUGCACCAGGAAUGACACACUCUGGCAUGACAGAACCGGUGUUUUAUAGUCCGGCGCGAGAGAGAGGUACGCUCCAUAAAGUUGGACAGCUAUGUCUUCUUCGUCGUGGCGCAGUGGCAGAUGAGAUUGCAAGAGUUGCAUUAUUCCUGGGCAGUGAUGAAGCCAGCCAUGUCAAUGGCCAAGUCUGGGCAGUGGACGGUGGCCUGAGCUCUGGUUUGCCUUAUAAACUGGGUAGUAUGGCAUGA